AUGAUGGUUAUUGCUGUAGGUUUAUCUUCAUAUAAUGUGGCUUUAUUCCAUUUAAUCAACCAUGCCUUCUUUGUGGAGGCUCUUCUUUUCCUUGGUGCAGGUGCUGUAAUUCAUGCUGUUAGUGAUAACCAAGAUCAAAUAAAAUAUGGAGGGUUACGAGUAUUCUUACCUUUAAGUUAUUCAGUUAUGUUAAUAGCUUCACUUAGUUUAGUUGCUUUUCCGUUCAUGACUGGAUUCUACUCUAAAGAUUUUAUUCUAGAAUCUGCUUUUGGUCAAUUUUAUUUUUCUAGCAUUGUAGUAUAUUUUAUUGCUACUAUUGGUGCAAUCUUUACUACAUUAUAUUCGGUUAAAGUUUUAUAUUUAACUUUCCUAGCUAAUCCACAUGGACCUUUAAUAAAUUAUAAACAAGCUCAUGAGGGUGAUAUUUUUAUUAGUUUACCUCUAAUUACUUUAGCAAUUUUCUCUAUAUUCUUUGGAUAUAUUACUAAAGAUAUUUACAUUGGACUUGGUUCUUCAUUUUUUGCUGAUAACAGUUUAUUUAUUCAUCCUUCACAUGAAAUUAUGAUUGCCACUGAAUUUGCAGUGCUUACUAUUUUUAAAUUAUUACCUUUUAUUUCUACUAUAUUCUUUUCUGUGUUAGCUCUGGUUUUAUCUGAAUUUUUCCCUAAUUUACUAUUAGCAUUUAAAUUCACUAGAUUUGGAUAUAAUAUUUGGGGAUUCUUUAACCAACGAUUCUUAGUAGAAUUAUUUUAUAAUAAGUACAUUAUUGCCUUUGUAUUGAAGUUAGGUGGACAAACAACUAAAAUUAUUGAUAAAGGAGGUAUUGAAUUAAUAGGACCUUUUGGAUUAGAAAAAGGAUUGCUUAAUUUAAGUAAAAAUAUUGCUAAAUUGGAUACAGGUAUUAUUACAUCUUAUGCUCUAUAUAUAUUAAUAGGCUUAAUAAUUUAUAUUUUAAUUUAUACAUUAAGUACUUAA